AUGUCCAUACGAAGGACGGCGAUAAUGGCCCUCCUUUGCCUUGUCAUCUUGAUAUCCAUGGUGGCCAAAAGCAGUCAGUUAACGUGCCAAAGUGACCUUCGACGUCCAGAAUACACUGACAUCUCGGUGGAAUGUGGCACAUCAUCGAUAAGCCUGGCCAUCCUAAUCUGCCCUGUGGUUUACACCGGCUACAACGAGUCCCUGCUCAUCCUUAACCACAUUUUCGACAACCCGGAUUGUAAAGGAACUCUGGACGAAUCUGUCACCCCGCCUGUUGUCAGGUUCACCUUCCCCCUCAACAUGACCAACUCUUGUGGCAGCACCUUCCUGACCACCAGUGCAGCUGGCACAGGGAUCUUUGCUGAUUUCUCCAACAUCCAGACGGUUAAUGUCAGUGGUGUGGUGCGCUCCCACGAUCCAACCACGGGAGUAGUCACCUAUAACGCUGAGCUCAAGUACUAUUAUUCCUGUGCUUAUCCUCUGGAGUAUCUCAUCAACAACACCAAGGUGGAAGUGUCAGCAUCCUCCAUUGCAGUGAGGGACAACAAUGGAAGCUUCAUCAGCACUUUGAGCAUGGAGCUCUUCAGUGAUGUCAACUACACCACCCCUCUGGUCAUACCACCGCUGGGGUUAGAGCUGAGGACCAGUAUCUAUGUCCAGGUCCAGGCAGCCAACUUGACUGAUCAGUACCACGUCCUCAUGGACCGAUGCUAUGCCUCCAUCUCUCCCUAUCCAACAAACUCCACUUUCUUCAACCUGUUUGUCUCGUGCUCUAAGGACCAGAUGACCACCAUGCAUGAGAAUGGGGACAGUCACCACGCCCGCUUCUCCUUCCCGGCCUUCAGGUUCCUCGAGCAGCAGAACCAGACGGUGUCCACGUAUUACCUGCACUGUAUCACUAGGCUCUGUGAGAUCAGCACCUGCAACGAUUUUAAGCAAUGUAACAGCAGGAGGAGAAGGGACGUUAAGUCCACUGGUGUCUCAGAAGCUACCACCCUGUCCUCAGCAAUUCCUAUUGUUACCAGGAAUGAGAACUCACUGGUAUCUAAGGAGGAAGCAGCUCUGUCCGGCAGCAACUCAGACUCCGACUCCAGGAUGGGUCUGGGCAUAGCCGUGGGCAUCCUCACCCUGGCCGUCAUCGUGGUUCUGGCUGCAGCAGCCGUCUUCUACAGGAGGCUCAGGCCCUUUUAA